ACCCCUCCCUCGCCGAUACCGCUGUCGAGGACUGGGACGCCAUCUUCGCCGUCAAUGCCCGCGGCGCCUUUCUCUGCUGCCGCGAGGCGGCCAACCGACUCCAGCAGGGCGGCGGCGGGUGGAUCAUCACGGUGUCCUCGUCGCUGGUGGGGGCGCUGCGGCCCGGGUACGCGGCGUACACGGCGUCGAAGGUGGCGGUGGAGGCGAUGACGAGGAUCUUGGCGAAGGAGCUGAAGGGAACGAGGAUCACGGCGAACUGCGUGGCGCCAGGGCCGGUGGCGACGGAGCUCUUCUUUGCUGGGAAGAGCGAGGAGACGGUGAAGAAGGUGGUGGAGGAGUGCCCGCUGGGGCGGCUGGGGGAGACCAAGGACAUCGCACCGGUCGUGGGCUUCCUCGCUACGGACGCCGCCGAGUGGGUUAACGGCCAGGUCAUCCGCGCGAACGGUGGCUACGUCUAGGUUAAGCACGGGACUUCAUAACAUUGACAGUGUUCACUUUAUUUAUAAUUAUUACAUUUGUUCCUCGUAUGGUGGUUUUUUAGUUCCUCUCUGAUACUUAUAGGCCUGUUUACUCAAUCAUUGUUGGUAUUUAUGCCAUCGUCCUCUGAGACAUUGUGUCGAAUAGUUUGUGUGUCGUGGUGGCAUUGUGUGUAUGUAUGGUUUGUCUCCUUGUCUGGUUGUUUCGUUGGCAAAUUGAUAUGUAUGUAGGCAGAGAUGUGCAAUGCACGUGCUAAAAUAUUUGAUUGUUAUAGUUUAGAUUCAUACGCA